UAGUUAUGACGUAGUCGUAGCACCUGACCACAAAGAUGAACUUUAGCAAUACGGCGUCGUUAUUGUGUUUAUAUUUGCGCCUACGUCACGUCGAUAGUCCGUCAUUCUAGAUAUGUGUUUAUUUGCAUAACACAAAGCAAUAAACGUCGAUAUUUCAUCGUUCGUGUCAGGAUAAGUCGUCUCUCCUUCACGCUAGCUUAGCUCGCUAGCUUAGCUUAGCAUCGCUAGCUGCUAAAAAAAAAAGAGACAGAGCGGAAGUGAUCGACAGGUCGCUAAAGUGUUGUGAUUGUGUGAAAAUGUGCAAAGUAGGAAUGCUGAGAGUGUUGGUGAAGCAGCGACUAACUGCUGCCGUUGAAGAAAUAUUUGUAGUGUUAGAAAGAACGAUAGCAGAAUACGAGGAGGAACUUUCUAGAACAAAAGAGGAGAACGAGCGACAACGUCAACUACUGGACGCUAUCUUCAACAAACAUCAAGUUGUGUCACACAGAAAAGACGAUUCCAGGGUGAAGCGGGAGAAACCUCUGCAGCCCCUCAUUAAAGAGGAAAUGCUGGGAGAGCAUCUUGAAGGACUGGAGACCUUCCCGGCCAUCGGUGUCAUUGUGAAGAGUGAAGAUGACGAGGUCAGAGGUGAAAGUGAAGAGGAGCCUCCAAGCAGCAGCUCAACGCAACACGUGGCAACAGAAGCUGAUGGAGACCACAGUGGAGGAUCAGAAGACCACCUCAUUGCUCCACUGUCAGAUAACGUCCGCGGAGAACAUCUUCCUCCUCAGCAGCAGGAGUGGAGCUCCAGGAUGGAGCAGGAGGAGCCACAGCCCUGCCACUUCAAAGAGGAAGAGGAGGACCACAGCAUCAGUCAUCUGGAAGGAUUGGAGGAGUUCCCAAUGAUCCGUGUGGUCGUGAAGAGUGAAGAAGAUGAGGUCAAAGGUGAAAGUGAGGAGAGGAGAGAGGCGGAGAGACCAAGCAGCAGCUCAACACAACACAUGACAAGAGAAGGUGAUGGUGGAGGAUCACAAGCAGACUUAGCUCCACUGUCAGAUAGUGAGGACACGACAUCGCCUGACACCGAUGAUGAAGACGUAAAAGCUGGCACGACGUGUCACACUGACAACACACGCUUUCAAUGCUCUCAAUGUGACAAAAUAUUUGGCAACAAGAAAAAUCUGACAAGACACACGAGAUCUCACACUGGGAAAAAACCCUUCAGCUGCUCGGUGUGCGGUAAAAGCUUUUCUAUCAAGGGAGGUUUGACCGCACACACACGGACACACACAGGGGAGAAACCCUUCCUUUGCUCAGUGUGCGGUAAAAGCUUCUCUUUAAGAGGUAACCUGUUGAUGCACGCGAGGACACACACCGGAGAGAGACCGUUUUCCUGCUCAAUCUGCAACUCGACUUUCGGAGUCCACGCGGUGUUGAUCAAACACAUGCGAACGCACACAGGAGAGAAACCUUUUGCCUGCUCGUUCUGCGGCAAAAGAUUUGCCGAAAGUUCCCAUUUGAUAACCCACGUGAGGUCGCACACCGGCGAGAAGCCUUUUUCCUGCUCAGUCUGCCAAACCAGCUUCAGCGACCGCUCGGGAUUGGUGAAGCACACGAGAACGCACACCGGGGAGAAACCGUUCACCUGCUCGGUCUGCGGCAAAAAGUUCUCCAUCAAGGGACACAUGAAAACGCACGAGAGGACGCACACGGGGGAAAAACCAUAUUCCUGCUCGUUCUGUAACAAAGGUUUUGCAGACCGAUCGGCGUUUGUCCGCCACACCAGAACGCACACGGGCGAGAAAGUCUUCGGUUGCAGUGUGUGUGACGAAAGGUUCUCUUACAAGUAUCAAGUAGCCAAUCACAAGUGUGCAGGCGACAACAACAGCAGUCAUUAACGCUGCUGGACGUCGUCACUGGGACUUAUUUGUGCUGGAAAUAUCACUUUGUAUUUCACUGAAAUAUUAUUUGAAUGGAAACAGUACAAAAAUGUGUAUUUUAUUUUGGUUAAAUGGACGUACCUUAUUGUGUAGAGCACUCCACAGAAUGUAAUGUUGCUACUACGCUGUUUUUCAGUAAUACACUAUAUUGCCAAAAGUAUUUGGCCACUCACAUAUGAAGUUGAAGUGCCAUCCCAUUCCUAACCCAUAGGGUUCAAUAUGACCUUUUGCAGCUAUUACAGCUUCAACUCUUCUGGGAAGGCUGUCCACAAGGUUGCAGAGUGUCUUUAUAGCAAUUUUCCACCAUUCUUCCAAAAGUGCAUUGGUGAGGUUGGUGGAGAAGGCCUGGCUCUCAGUCUCCCUUCUAAUUCAUCCCAAA